AUGGCAUCAAACAACAGCUUGGGGGAUCUGCAAUGGCUUCUGCAAGCUAUCAAGUCCUCAUCAGAAGAAGAAAGCCUCCAACUUCACAGCAUUUCUUUCCACCUCUCUCACCCAACAUCAGGCUGUUUCCAAGUGACACAGAAUUCCCUCCAUGUCAACAUCUCCAUAGAUACCUUUCCUCUCUUCUCCGAGAUUCUCUCACACCUCUCAACCUCCAACAACAACAUGCUGAAAUCCUUAACAAACAUGGAGUUCCAUCGAGUCGAGUGGGGGCUAGAGCAACUGCUUCACCUCAAAACCCUACUCCAAAACAGCUCAAGCUGCAUUAGCCAACUCGUCUUUCGAAGGAACAGGUUCUCCACAGAAUCCCUGAGCGAGCUAUGCGAGAUACUGAAGAGAAAUUCUGUGAUCAAAGAAGUAAUGCUGGCCGAAUCUCGAAUCGGCCCUUCUGGUGCUACCCUUUUGGCCAAUGCCCUCAUGGUGAAUGAAAGCUUGGAAGAGUUGCAGAUAUGGGAGGACUCAAUUGGGUCAAGAGGAGCUGAGGAGCUCUCCAAAAUGAUUGAAGUCAACUCCACGCUUAAGCUGCUCACCAUCUUUGACUCUCACUCCUUUACAGCAACUCCAUUGAUCUCAGCAGUUUUGGGGAGGAAUAGAGCCAUGGAAAUUCACAUUUGGUGUGGGGGACAAAAUGGGGAGAAGAUCUCAAAGGUGGUGGAGUUUGCCAAUGGUACCCUCAGGGUUUAUAGUAAGCUGGAUGUUUCAGGAUCAUGCAGAGUUGCUUGCUCAUUGGGGUGGAAUUCGACGGUGAGAUCGUUGGACUUGACCGGGGUAAGGCUGAAAUCGCGGUGGGGGAAAGAGUUCCGGUGGGUUUUGGAGCAGAAUCGAAGCCUUAGGGAAGUGAGGCUGUCCAAGACUUGUCUCAAGGACAAGGGAGUUCUGUAUGUUGCAGCUGGGCUUUUCAAGAACCAGGCAUUGGAAAGUUUGUAUCUUGAUGGGAAUUGGUUCAGUGGGAUUGGAGUUGAGCAUUUGUUGUGCCCUUUGACCAGAUUCUCUGCCUUGCAACUUCAAGCCAACACUAGUCUCAAAUUUGUAGCUUUUGGAGGAAGGAGGACCAAAAUUGGGAGAGAUGGAGUUGCUGCAAUCAUCCAGAUGCUGACAAGCAAUGAGACCGUGACUAAGCUAGGCAUAUACGAUGAUGAGAGCUUGAGACCGGACGAUAUAGUGAGAAUCUUCAGAAGCUUGGAGAGCAAUGCGAGUUUGAGGUGCUUGUCUUUGCAAGGCUGCAAAGGAGUUCAAGGAGAGUUGGUGCUGAAUGCAAUCAUGGAGACAUUGCAGGUCAACCCUUGGAUUGAAGAGAUUGAUCUCUCAAGAACACCAUUGCACAAUUCGGGUAAUGCUGAUGGUGUUUAUCAAAGGCUAAGCCAAAAUGGGAAGAAGACUGAACCAGAAACGGAAUCAGAUGGAAACUUGCUCAAGGACAUGCCACUAACCGAACCAAAGAGCUGUCGUGUUUUCUUGUGCGGGCAAGAAUAUGCAGGAAAGACCACCCUUUGCAAUGCAGUGGCACAGAACUUGAGCUGCUCUUCUUCAAACUUAAUUCCUUACAUGGACCACGUGAGGACCCUUGUGAACCCCGUUGAGCAAGCUGUGAGAACAAGUGGAUUGAAGAUAAAGACACUCAGAGAUGAAGAAAUCAAGAUCUCGAUAUGGAACCUCGGUGGCCAGCACGAGUUUUACGCUUUGCAUGACCUCAUGUUCCCCGGUCAUGGCAGUGCAUCCUUGUUUAUAAUCAUCACCAGCCUCUUCAGAAAACCCAGCAACCGAGAACCAAAGACACCAGGUGAGGUAGAAGAGGACCUGCAGUACUGGCUAAGGUUCAUAGUUUCCAACUCAAGAAGAGCACUCCAGCAGUGCAUACUUCCUAAUGUCACCAUAGUCCUUACACACUUUGACAAAAUCAGUCAGCCAUCUCAAAACAUUCAGCUGAUAGUCAAUUCGAUACAGCGAAUAAGAGACAAGUUCCAAGGAUUUGUGGAGUUCUAUCCAAAUGUGUUCACAGUUGAUGCUAGGUCCUCGGCAUCGGUCAACAAACUCACCCAGCAUCUUCAAAAGACGAGCAAGACCAUUCUCCAGAGAGUGCCAAGAACUUACCAGCUUUGCAAUGAUCUAACCCAGAUUCUUUCAGAUUGGAGGGCAGAGAACAGUAACAAGCCAGCAAUGAGGUGGAAAGAAUUUGAUGAGCUUUGCCAAGUGAAGGUACCUGGAUUGAGAAUUGGGUCAAGGCAUGAUAACAAGGAGAAGGUGGAAAUGAGAAGGAAGGCUGUUGCUAGUUGCCUGCAUCAUAUGGGGGAGGUGAUUUACUUUGAUCAGUUAGGAUUCUUGAUCCUAGAUUGUGAGUGGUUCUGCUGUGAGGUACUCGGGCAACUCGUGAAACUAGAUGUUAGGAAGAAGCCAAGCUCAAUGGAGAAUGGGUUCAUCAGCAGAAGGGAACUUGAAAAGAUUCUGAGAGGAACUUUACAAGGCCAGAUAAUUCCUGGGAUGGGUUCUUCAAAGAUACUUCAAACCUUGGAAGCUGGCGAUUUGGUGAGAAUGAUGCUGAAACUUGAGCUGUGUUAUGAACAAGACCCAGCAGAUUCGAACUCUCCACUGCUGAUUCCUUCCAUUCUAGAGGAAAGCAGAGGAAAACCACAGAAGUGGCUGAUCGUUAGCUCACCUGAGUGCCUCUAUGUCGGGCGCCAUCUAGAGUGUGAUGAUUCAAGCCACAUGUUUCUUGCACCAGGAUUCUUCGCACUUUUGCAGGCAAUCAAUCUUCUAACUCUUUUACUUCAAUUCCAAGUCUUGAGUUAUUUCACAAAACACAUGCAGGUUCAUCUUCAUAACAGAAUCAUGGCAUUAAGGAACCAAUAUGGAGGAGCAACUUAUAGUCCUGAGAAGUCCCUCAUCUCAAUAAAUAUCAAUGGCAUCCACAUUAGAAUUGAACUGGGAGGACAGCUUGGCUAUUACAUAGACAUCCUUGCUUGUUCCACAAGAAACCUUACUGAGACUCUCAGACUCUUUCAUCAGCUGAUAAUUCCAGCCAUUCAGAGCCUUUGCAAUGGCGUCACCUUGAACGAAAGCAUCAUAAGGCCUGACUGUGUGCAGAAUCUUAUCGCUCCAAGGUACAGGAAAACACAACAUGUACCCAUUCAGCAGCUGAAGCAAGCCCUCCUGUCAGUUCCUGCUGAUGGAAUGUAUGAUUAUCAGCACACAUGGGAUCCUGUUUCAGACUCCGGUCGUCUCAUUUUACAAUCAACCUUCAAUUUGGCUCGGGAUCUCUUAUCUGAUGAUGACUUCAGGGAAGUGUUGCACAGUAGAUACCACGACCUCUACAACCUUGCUGUGGAGCUGGAUGUUCCACCCAUAGAUGCAGCAGCGGACCAAGGUAAUAAUGAAGUUUUUGAUCAAAUUGAUCCAAGCUUUGCUGGAAUAGCCAGAGGGGUAGAACAAGUACUGCAGCGGCUCAAGAUUAUCGAACAAGAGAUAAGGGACUUGAAGCAGGAGAUUCAAGGGCUGAGAUACUAUGAACACAGACUGCUGAUCGAGCUUCACCGCAAGGUCAACUACCUUGUGAACUACAACACCCAGAUUGAAGAGAGGAAAGUACCAAACAUGUUCUUCUUCGUCAGAACCGAGAACUACUCCAGAAGACUGAUCACCAACAUGAUCGGUGGAAUGAAUGCUCUCCGGCUACACAUGCUAUGUGAAUUCAGGCGGGAAAUGCACGUUGUUGAAGAUCAGAUGGGCUGUGAGGUGAUGCAGGUCGACAACAGGGCAGUGCAGUGUUUAGCUCCAUACAUGAAGAAGUUCAUGAAGCUAGUAACUUUUGCAUUGAAGAUAGGAGCUCACCUUGCUGCUGGAAUGGGAGAAAUGAUACCCGAUUUGAGCAGAGAGGUUGCUCAUUUGUCUGGGUCUUCUCUUGUGUCUGGAGCAGCUGGGGCAGUUGCUGUUGGAGCCCUAGGGGCUGCAGCCAUGGGAAGGGCGGAAGGAAUGAGGAACAGAAACUCAAGGGACAUACAACAACAGGAACUCAGAGCAGCACAACAAUGGGUGGUUGAUUUCUUAAGGGACCGUCAGUGUUCUUCAGGAAGGGACAUUUCUGAGAAGUUUGGACUAUGGAGGGUCAGGUACAGGGAUGACGGGCAGAUUGCAUGGGUUUGUAGAAGGCAUAUGAUCACUAGAGCUAAUGAAAUAGUUGAAGCACCCAUCUGA